AUGGCUUUUCAAGUCUGUACCAGAUGUCGCAAGCGGAGAAUCAAGGUGAGAACGACGAUACAGCUUGAGGGGUCGACGAGUUUGAAUUUUACAACUGACUUUUGUGCCCACGACAGUGUGAUCGCGCUUUGCCGGCCUGUCGACAUUGUCAACAAGCUGACGUUGAGUGUUUCUUUUGGGACGACUCCAUUGGAGAGGAAAUACCAUGCGCGUUCGUGUUCGUCUGUGUAUCUUGUUUCAAACGAGACUCAUAAAGCCAGGUAUCUUUUCUCCCUGCAACAAAAGGUUCAGGCACUUCAGCUGGAGAUCCAGCAAGCUGCCGAUCAAGAGAGCGCUAGCGAAUCGACAGAGUUCGAAGCAGUACCGCUAUCUAUGCAAGGAUAUCACCUGGAAGUGGCGGCUUGUGACGAACUUCCGACGCCAACACGAAUCGCUUAUCUGGGGCCCGGAACUUCAGCUCGACUCAUGCAGUCCUUCUUGAAGUCCACGGGUCGAGGGCAAAUGUCCAACAAUUUGCACCUAGGAAGGCACCUAUUUCCCAAUUCUCCAUUUCAUUCGACAAAUCUUGACGAGCCACGCUCCAUGACCUCCUUUCUGACCAACAUUGACUUGCGGAAGGUAGAGUUGCAUUCCCUCGUACCACCUUCGACGCAACGCGCCAUCAUCGAGAAUUACUUCCGAACGGUAGCAACCGAGUAUGCCCUCCUUCCUAUUGAGCAUGAGUCAGAUCUGUCGACGUACGAAAACCCUUUGAAAUGGGCUGGGUCGAACAAAGACGACCCAGUGGCGUGUUCGCUGACCAUCAUUUUUGCCAUCUCAUCUGCUCUGAUUACUCGAGAUGUCGAUCCCAUCCUGUCCAACAUUUCUUCCCGAUUCAGAGAGGAUGUUGAGAAGCUUGCUCUCUGCGAUGGAGGAUGUCGAGUUCAAAGCAAUACACUCAGAUGGGCAUGCACUGCUCUAUGUGCACUAUCCAUGAUUGAAUUGAUCUCUCCAAGCUCUGGGCAACUUUGGGAUCUUCUGGGAAGGGCUGCUUCGACAAUGGAAGACUUGCAGGCGGCCAGCCCGCUUGGACAGCCCAACCUCGACCCCGAGUUGGAAAGGCUCGAGCGUGUCCUCCUCAAGCUGGAAAGGUAUUUAUCAUACGUUCUUCUCUACUUUGUGCUCGCGACUAACAUCGGCUCCAAUAGUUUGGCAUCUCUUCAUUUCGGACGUCCGUCGUUGUUCUUGCAAACUUAUUUGCGACCACCAGCCGACCAUCUCUCUCUUCUACAUGCACUUUCGAAUGAGCUUGGUGUUGAAAGUUCACUACAUCGUAUUCACCGAACCCUAGCCACGGUGCCAGUUCCAACUGAGAGAUAUCUCGAGGGACUAAUCCCCCAAUUUCUCCAGGUGGCCUCGACAGGGUCUGAGAUUAGUUUGUCUUCUGCCAGACUCUAUCUUGCUCUGAGUCCGCUAUUCAUCGACUCGGACAGAUUCGGAAACGGUGUCGGUAUGAACGCUCCGUCCCCUAGAAUGGUGCACCUGAUUACUGAAUCUGCCUCUGUCCUUAUCGACCACUACACUCGAUUGAACCAAACCACCUCCAUCAUCAGCAUAUGGAUGGCAGCUGAGCAUGUACUUAUAGCUGGUGUCAUCUGGGCUGCUGGUCUUGUUCACCAGCAACGCCUAUCAGGCCCACGACUGCAGACCAUAUCUUCAAUGGGGCCCGGCCCCGCGCUGGGGCCAAUCGUGAAAGUGUCCAGCCUGCUGGCGUCAUUUUCAGCACGGUGGAAAGCCGGAUCAGCUUUUGUGAAUGCCUGGGAGACAGUGGUCGAAACACUCUGGCAAGUGCUAUAG